AUGAUCCCAACAAGUGUUAUUGGGAUAUUGAUUGCAAUAUUUUCUUUUCUUUCCAUGACAUCUCUACAUCAUAUAGAGGAGGGCCAUGUUGGAGUUUAUUUCAGGGGUGGCGCUUUACUAAGUAAAGUCAGUAAUCCUGGGUAUCAUAUGAUGUUCCCUCUGAUUACCACUGUUAAGAGUGUGCAAGUCACUUUACAAACUGAUGAAGCACGUAAUGUACCUUGUGGAACGAGUGGUGGAGUUAUGAUAUACUUCGACAGAAUUGAAGUAGUCAAUGUCUUAUCUGCUAGCAGUGUGUAUGAUACUGUCAAGAACUAUACAGUUGAUUAUGAUAAACCUCUGAUUUUCAACAAAGUCCAUCAUGAAGUAAACCAAUUCUGCAGUAGUCAUACUCUUCAAGAAGUGUAUAUUGAUUAUUUCGAUCAAAUUGAUGAGAAUCUGAAGAAAGCGUUGCAAGAAGAACUAACAGUUAUGGCCCCCGGGUUGUUUGUACAAGCUGUGCGUGUUACCAAACCGAAAAUCCCAGAAACUGUUCGUCAUAACUACGAGCAAAUGGAAGCUGAAAAAACUAAACUUUUGGUGGCAAGCGAACAUCAAAAAGUAGUGGAGAAAGAAGCUGAGACUGAGAGAAAGAAAGCGAUUAUAGAAGCGGAAAAAAAAGCCCAAGUAGCUGAAAUUUUGCACAAACAAACUAUAGCUGAGAAGGAAACUCAAAAACGUAUCAGUCAGCUAGAAGAUGAAUCACAUUUGGCUCGAGAGAAAGCAAAAGCCGACGCCCAUUACUAUACCAUUGAAAGGGAAGCUGAAGCUAAUAAGAUGUUACUAACGAGCGAAUACUUGCAAUUGCAAAGUAUCCAUGCGGUUGGCAAAAACAACAAGAUCUACUAUGGAACUGAAAUACCCAAGUUUUUGGUGCCAGAUUCUUCAGGAAAACAAGAAUUAUAA